AGAAGAACGAGGAGGCUGCCGAGCGCUCGCUACUCUUUGCGCUGGGCUGGUUCGCUGACCCCGUGUACAAGGGCGACUACCCGCAGGUGAUGAAGGACCGCUGUGGACUGCGCCUGCCCAAGUUCACUGAAGAGGAGAAGAAGUUGCUGAAAGGGAGCUCGGACUUCUUCGGACUCAACCACUACGGAACCAACUAUGUCGAGCCAUCCGCCGAGUACGAGGCCAAGAUCCCGCCGCCUAAUGAUUCCACUGGUGGCUAUGGCCCCGACGAAGGCACGAAGCUGACGUCAGAUGACUCUUGGAGACACACGGACAUGGGCUGGAAUGCUGUGGGCUGGGGCUUCCAGAAGCUGCUGGUGUGGAUCCAGAAGCGCUACGCAGUCCCGAACGGCAUCUUGGUCACGGAGAAUGGAUGCGCGUGGCCUGACCGCACCAAGGAGGAGGCCCAGAACGAUGACUUCCGCGUGGGCUUCUACCAAGAGUACCUCACGGGCCUGCACAAUGCCAUCGCCGAGGGCGCGGAUGUCCGCGGGUACUUCGCCUGGUCCUUCGUGGACAACUACGAGUGGGCCGAGGGCUACACCAAGCGCUUCGGUCUGCACUGGGUCAACUACGAGACUAUGGAGCGCACGCCCAAGAAGUCGGCGCUCUGGUACGGUGACGUCGUGCGCAAAAACGGAUUCAGCACCUCCGCGUAGACGGCGGGGCGGAAGCGAAUAACGAAUCGGCAGGGAAAAGAUCAAGCCGAGCUGCUUGAAUCAAGCCUUGAUGGGAAGCGUGCUGUACAGUACUGUACCAGCGGGAACGCUCCCUACCUCCGAAGUCAGGACAAGAAGAGAGGAGAGUUGCCUCGCACGAAUAGGUAGCAGAAAACAUCAUCAUAUUUGAGUGAGUUUUUGCCUUUAAGUUUGACUUGAGUUCAAAUCGUCAAAGUUCAACAGAAGCAAGGCAGCUUCAACCACGCUGAAAAGUGAGCCAUUUUCACCAGCUGUGGUUGUGCUUCAUCAUCCUACAUUAGGGAUGACACCCCUCCCUAACCUGUGCAAUGAUUCAUUGCAGAGAUAAUAGCAAGACAACCAGACGUGAAUGGAAGUCACUAAUCCAACGAUCUCCACGACGAUCACAUAGCAGUGACGUCAGCCGACUCGGGACCUCAUUAAUCAAUUCCACCGGAUCCGCACAAGCUCCGCAACUUCGACGCUCGACCUCGCCAUGGCCAAGGAGAUCCGCUUUCCCAACAACUUCCUGUGGGGUGCCGCCACCGCCUCGUACCAAGUGGAGGGCGCCGUGAAGGAGGGAGGUCGCGGGGCGAGCAUCUGGGACGCCUUCUCGCACACUCCGGGCAAGACCAAGAACGGCGAGACGGGCGACGUGGCCAUCGACCACUACCACCGCUACAAGGAGGACGUGCAGCUCAUGAAGAGCAUGGGGCUCAAGGCCUACCGCUUCUCCAUCGCCUGGCCGCGCAUCAUCCCGGCCGGCGUGGGCGACGUCAACGAGGAGGGCGUCCAGUUCUACAAUAACCUCAUCAACGAGCUGCUGGCCAACGGAAUUGAGCCCAUGGCCACGCUCUACCACUGGGACCUGCCGCUGGCGCUACAGACCGAGUUCGACGGGUUCCUGGGCGAGCAGAUCCACGACCACUUCGCGCAGUACGCGCGCGUGUGCUUCGAGCGCUUCGGCGACCGAGUCAAGAACUGGAUCACCAUGAACGAGCCGUGGGUGGCCAACUACAUGGGCUUCGGCACGGGCAUGAUGGCGCCUGGACGCAAGCACAACAAGCACUUCGAGCCGUACGUGGCCGGCCACAACAUGCUGCUGGCCCACGCGCGCGCCGUGGAGGUCUACCGACAGGAAUUCCAGGAAACACAGGGUGGUCAGAUCGGCAUCACGCUGAGCGCCGAGUGGAAGGAACCAGGCCCCACCGACGACCCGGAGCAGAAGAAGAAGAACAUUGCGGCUGCGGAGCGCGCCAUGGCGUGGAGCUUCGGUUGGUUUGCUGAGCCGGUUUACUACGGAGACUACCCGCAGAUCAUGAAGGACCGUUGCGGUGAUCGCUUGCCGAAGUUCACCGAGGAACAGAAGAAGCUGCUGAAGGGCAGCUCCGACUUCUUUGGCCUAAACAACUACAGCUCCUGCUACGUCAAGCCGUCGCCCGAGUUCGACGCGGGUAUUGCGCCUCCGAACGACAACACGGGUGGACUCGAGGCCGACGAAGGUGUUACCGGGUACCAGGACCCGACUUGGGUGCAGACCGGAGCUCCGUGGAAUUAUGUCACGCCGUGGGGGCUCAAGAAGCUGUGCGUGUACAUCCACGAGAAGUACCAGCCGAAGAACGGCAUCUACAUCACGGAGAACGGCUCGGCGUGGCCGGACGUGACCAAGGAGGAGGCGCAGCAAGACACACAGCGCGAAGACUGCUACCGGCAGUACAUUGCCAACGUCCACGAGGCUAUCACGGAGGGGGCUGAUGUGCGUGGCUACUUCGCGUGGUCGUUCUUCGACAACUACGAGUGGUCCAUGGGUUACGGCAUCCGGUUCGGCAUGGUCUGGGUCGACUACGAGACCCAGGAGCGCGUGCCGAAGAAGUCGUCGUACUGGUACAAGCAAACCAUUGCCAACAACGGAUUCAGCAUUUGAACGAUGACAGCAGGUGCAGUUUAAACGGUCGUCUUGAAGUAUACCUCAAUUUUGCUGUUGAUAUUGUUUGUCGAGGCCAUUGAUGAAUCACUGCAUCGAUAUCAUCCGUUCAUGCUCCUUUCUCCACGUUAGCGAAGGUCCAGUCUUCAAUCCCACAUUCGUGCAAUGUCUGCUGGAGGUGUUUGCAUCCGGAGCUCCACCGCACCCGCUAUGAUCAAGCGCAUGCGUUCUCGUGGUACUUCGUCGUCUGUGAAGACCAGUUGCACCAGCCUCUUCAGGUGCGGAGUCUUGUCAGCAUCACACAAAGCUGUCGAAAUUGAAGCUGGGGGAGCGCGCUGCUUGUCGUACAGCGACAGCAUCAAGUCGCUGUUCUCACACGUGGAAGCCUCAGCAAAAGCCUUGCCCCUCAGCUCAUCGGAGAUGCGCGUGUCGUGGCACAGCAAAGCCACGACUUCCGCGUGACCAGCAUUUGCUGCACGAACAAGCGCCUCGCCCAGCACCUCGCCUGGUAUGCGGCUAUCCUCGUGCAAGAGCUUCACGAUCUCAGUCCGAUUGGCAUCGAAGGUGAACCUCCAGUACUGCAGUCCCCAGCCAGAAGCUUCUUCUUUUUGGUGAGGUACAUUGCAGUCGUUUAGUCUUUGCUAACAACUCAGCCAAUGUCCGUCCAGCAGAAGCCUACACAUCUUCUGCUAGCUUGCUAACUACUUGUGGGUGCUAGCACAUGCGCACCUAUCUUGCGCGCCUGCGAGUAUGGGCCGGUCCGUGGCGUUUGCGCCGUCGCAUGAGUCCGGGUGUGCGGUUAACCAUUGGUCGAUGUCCCCUGGAAGGGACUCGACUAUGGGUGACCAGAGAGAAGGCAGUACCCCAAAAUCUGCCUCCAGAACCUGCGUACU